AUGAAAUGCCAUUUGAAGAUUCUGGUUCGUGGCAAGUAUCCUCUUUCCCUCGUCAUCUUGGUUGGCAUCUCGCUGCUCUUUUACAAAAUGAAAAAGCGAGACAAUCAAGUGGCGAACGCUCCACCGCCGCAGUACCGCAAUUCAACUUCUGCCGAGAACCGUUACUACAACUUGAUGAACAACAGCGACCCAUCGGAAGCUCCGUUCAUCGAUGAUCACUGCAACGAAGGUUACGUCAAUAGUCACCAACUGCAACAAGAUCACCCUUGCGUGAUUGACAUUAUUCGUUGCAUGUAUCUGCAUUCUCCAUCAUCGACCAAUGGUUCUGCCCUCGUCGAACGUGCUGGCGUCAGUGAUCCUUCAGCUGGGCAGUCUUCCAUCGUUUUGCCGUAUCUAAACAACAAGACGGAUGGAUUCUUCGUGGAGUGUGGUGCUGGCGACGGUGAAACCCUGUCCAACACUUACUACAUGGAGAAGCAACUAAAAUGGCAGGGUGUUCUAAUCGAAGCUGAUCGCAAGUCCUUCGGCCAAAUCCUGACUAGUAAACGACAAUGUUACGCUUUGCCUGUCUGCCUCAGCCUGAAGCCUUACCCAACUGAAGUUGCCUUUUACGAGGAUGGUCUUGCCGGUGAAAUUUAUGGUGACAAAAUAUCCAAUCAGGAGGAAAUAACAACGAGUGAAAACAUAGUGAAUGUUCAAUGCUUUCCCUUGUACUCGAUCCUGUUGGCCGUCGGCCGAACGCAAGUCGAUUAUUUCAGCGUCGACGUGGAGGGCAGCGAAUCUCAAAUCCUCAUGAGCAUUCCGUGGCACAAGGUCGACAUCAAGACAUUAACGGUGGAGGUGACGUCGAGGAGACAAGUGGACGUUCAAUCUCUUACCAGAUACAUGGAAAAGCAGAACUAUAAGAAAGUUGGUUUGAUGGCAGGAUUGGGUUAUUAUGAUUUAAUUUUCGUUCAAAACAAAGAGGCACGUCAUAUCUCAUUUGACAAAACUUAGUUGUCUUUAUAGCUCUUGAUUUUGCCU